GGAAAAUGAAAGUGCUUGUGCUGCUGUGCGCUUAUGGCGCAAUAUCCGGUGCAGUGGCGGAUUUCGUUGAUGAUCCAGAUGUACAACUGCCAUCAUACAUGCGCAUUUGCAAUCGUGACGACCCUGAACUUGGACGGUGCAUUAAGGAUUCUAUUCAACGCUUGCUUCCGGAGUUGCAUACUGGCAUUCCAUCGAUCGAUUUUCCGGCCAUCGACCCGUUCAUCCAGGACAGCAGCUAUUUUGAGUACAAAAAUCAACAAAUUCAGGGCUCGAUGCACAUCAAGAAUGCCAAAUCCUAUGGAUUAAGUAAGGCUCAAAUUCGAGAUGUUCGAGCCACCGCCGACGAUGACUCGUUCCAAAUGGAGGUUGACGUUUAUUUUCCGAAGCUAAUCACAGAAGGAAAAUUCAAGGGCGAAGGACGUUUCAAUGCGAUUAAGGUUGUGUCGAAAGGUUACUUCAACAUAACCACAACGGAUGUUUCGACAACAUGGAACAUUUCUGGUAAAACCGCCGAGCGUAACAGUGAGCAGUAUCUGCUCAUCGAUAAGUUUGACAUGAGCCCAGAAGUGGGAGAUAUGAAAAUCUACGCUACAGGCUUGUUCCCAGAUGCUGGUUUGAAUCAAGUUGCCCUGGACUUCGUUAAUCAAUAUUGGCCAUCUCUCUACAAACAAAUGCUGCCGGAAACCCGACAGGCAUGGGAACCAAUUAUGCUGGACGUAAUCAAUAAGAUGUUCAACAGAAUUCCUUAUCGCCGUCUAUUGCCGAAAUCGGGCUCAGACGGACUUUAA